AAAACACACCCCCGAGGAAGAGGCAUCAUGAAGACUUUUCACCUAAGCAUUCUAGUCAGCCUGGCAGUGGCAGUGUACCCUGUACCACUACUGUCACCUACCGAAGAAGAUGAAACUGUAGCAGACUCUUACCUGAAGAGGUUCUAUAACUUAACGGAGGUGGGGUCCAAGGCCAGAAAUGGGCUGUUCGAGCGAUACGAAAAAGUCAGUGAGAUGCAGAGGUUCUUCAGGCUUAAGGUAACUGGUACGCUGGACCAUGAGACCAUGCACAUGAUGAAGAAACCCCGCUGUGGUGUACCCGACGUCGCUGCCUUCUCCACCUUCCAAAACAGCCCAAAAUGGCCGACCAACCAACUUACCUACAGGAUUGUAAACUACACGCCCGACAUGUCUGCGUCGGAAGUAGACUUCUCCAUCGAGAAAGCUCUCCAGGUGUGGGCUAAAGUGUCACCUCUGACCUUCACACGAAUCUACAGUGGCAACGCUGACAUCAUGGUCUCCUUUGGAGCAAGAGAGCAUGGUGAUUUCUACCCCUUCGAUGGCCCAGAAGGCAUCCUGGCGCACGCAUUUGCCCCUUCCCCUGACAUUGGAGGAGACGCCCACUUUGAUGAGGAUGAGACCUUCACUUUCGGUUCAAGCAGAGGGUACAACCUGUUCAUGGUGGCUGCCCAUGAGUUCGGUCACUCCAUGGGCUUGUCCCACUCCAACGACGUGGGCGCUCUGAUGUACCCAAUCUACCAAGGAUACAGAGACCCCAACACCUACGUUUUGCCCCGUGAUGAUGUCAACGGCAUCCAGUCCCUCUAUGGCCCCAACUCAGAUGUGAACCCAGACAAACCUGAUCCUAAACCGCCCACGACCCCUGAUGCCUGUGACCCUACCCUGGUCCUGGAUGCCGUCACCACUCUGCGUGGAGAGCAGAUGUUCUUCAAGGACAGGUUCUUCUGGCGCGUGAACUCUCAGAGCAGUACAGCGCAGCAGAACGUCAUCAAGACCUACUGGCCCGAGCUACCUGACAAUGUUGAUGCUGCCUAUGAGAGUGGAGAGAAUUACAAUGUCUACAUCUUUAAAGGUAACCAGGUCUGGGCUGUCUCUGGCUAUGAUGUUAUCAGAGGCUAUCCCAAAUCCCUUAGCAGUUUGGGUUUACCCAGGACAGUGAGAAAGGUUGACGCCGCCUUCUAUGAUGAGGAAUCUCGCAAAACCUUCUUCUUCAUUGAUGACAACUACUAUAGUUAUGACGAGGCGAGGAAGACAAUGGACAAAGGCUUCCCCAAACGUAUAGGAGAUGGCUUCCCUGGCAUCGGUGGCAAAGUGGCUGCAGCCUUCCAAAACCAAGGUUAUACCUACCUCUUCAAGGGGCCCUCAGUUUACGAGUUCAGCCUCAGGAGUAAAAGGCUGUACCGUGUUCUCAGGAACAGCUACUUCCUAACUUGUUAGAUCAGUUACCUCUGAUGACCAACAGUGGCCAGUAAUAAAAGCAACAAUGUAUGCUGCUUUUGAUGUUUUUGUGCUUUGCAAACAUGAAAUGUAUUUAAAUCAAUAUUUAAUGUAUUUAAAUGAUCACUUUUUGUGAUUAUUAAAAGUUUGUGCUUUUGUCCUGAAAGAGUUAUUGAAUGGUGUACUGUAUAUGAAGGCUUUCUAUUCAAAUAAAGUAUAAACUAAUAUUA